AGUGAUCUCCCCAAGUUUUGAUUUUUUUUACCUCCCAACUCUUCUCACUCUGCCAUCCUCUUCUCCCACUUAAUUCCACUUCUCUUCUUGCUUCAUUUGUGAUUGUUUAAGAUGUCUGCAGACAAGAAGAAGAUUGUGUUGAAAUUGGAUUUGCAUGAUGACAAGGCCAAAGCGAGGGCUAUGGCAAGAGUCUCCAGCCUCCAGGGGAUUGAUUCCCUCGCCAUAGACAUGAAAGAGAAGAAGUUGACGGUGACCGGAGAGGUCGACCCGGUUGAUGUUGUGGGCAAGCUAAAGAAAUGCUGGUACCCCGAAAUUCUUUCGGUCGGACCAGCCAAAGAAGAGAAGAAGAAAGAGGAGCCGAAGAAGGAAGGCGACAAGAAAAAAGAAGCAUACGAGGAUUACAAAUCUCCUGUGGCUGUGUACUACUGGAUUCAGCCUGCUGAGGAGAGUCCAUGUGCUUGUGUAAUAUGUUAACGGUUGCUCCAACAAUUGGAGAAGGAAUAGAGGAAACUGAUACAAGCCCGGGGGUGAUGAGUUCAUACCAGUCCAAAGACGGGCUCAAAGAUUAUGAGGGUGGUGAUGUAAAGGGGGUGAUGGGAACUAAGAUGGUUACUUAUGCUGAAUUAAGUAUAUGAAUAGAGAUGGGUGAAUGUUUGGAUGUAUAAGGAUUGUUGGUAGUCAUUACUUAGGAGUUGUUUCUUUUCCUAUCUCAUGUUUUUCCAGUUGAAGAUCUGUUUUAAUAAGUAUGUACAAAAGAAAGAGUCCUUGGAAUUGGAUUAACAAGUAAAGUAUUUCUGUUU